UCUAAGCCGAACAACACGGCUCCACCUCUUUCUGCUGCUCAGCCGUUUCACCGCUGUGCGAAGUCCGUGUCCUCGCGAAAAAGGCUGUGGAGAGCCGACAUGGGCCGGAGAAGAGGGGUUGCUUGUCUUGGUUCUGUUCUUCCAUGAACGGCGUACAGCAGUAGCCUUCUGCACUGGGAAAAGGCGUCUCGGAAAAGAUUAUUGGAGACAACUAGUCCGUCGUGUCCCAUUUCCCUUUUGGCUCUCUUCGAAAGCGCGGAGGAAAGGUGGACUGGCUUUGAUAGAGCGCCUCUUACUGACUCGUGUGAAUGCGACAUUAGGAGCCCUGGUACAGAAGAGGAACAUAUAAACGGCUGGAAUUCACAACGACCGGGCUGUUGAGCUGCACGUACGCAGUUAAGAUCCAAGUGGCCAAUCAGAAACACAGGUGUGACAUGAAACUACAUUUCCCAGAAGGCAAGAGUAUUACCCGAGAGGCAGUCCCUUAAAGAAACAGUAAUUCCUAAAAUAACUUAAAACAGUAUUUAAUUCCUAGACCAAUAAUACCCUUUAAACAGCACAUAAACACAGAGCCCAAAUCAGACCUGGAGUUGACCAAGCUAGACUUUAAAGAGCGCCAUCUCGUGCCAUAGUGCUGUACCUGAUUUUAGCUACUGUUUCUAUCCGUCCAUUCUCGGGUUUUCAUGAUGGCUGCUUCGGUCCCUGGAACGGCUGGCCCGAAAAGCUGGAAGAGAAGUUGUUAUCGCUCGCAUGGAAGCAGUGUUGAGCACCUGAGAACUUGGCGGAGAGAGAGAGAAGCAGCUCUAAGAAGUGCCCGGAGGGUAAAACAGUUGUUCAGUAAGCGGCGUUUAUGUGAAGACAAGUCAUCCGAUGGAAAAGUUGAAAUGGAUAAUGAGACAGCAGCUCUUUUAUCAGAAGAAGAGGUUUCACAGCUUUUAAAAAAAAUCCAGAGAGGAAGUUCAGAAGACAGAACAGACUUUAUGCAACUUCUUCGACAAGGACUUCAAUACAAAGAAAUCCAGCAGAAAUUUAUCAGGUUGGAGGGAAAUAUGUCUGUGCUGAUUGGCCUAUUUACCAGCAAUCUAGCCAAUCUGCAGAUGGAUGCAGCUUGCUGUUUACACGAACUUUCACUGUCUACUGAUCCUGCUGUGGUCGAAGCAUGUUUGCCAGCAACCUCUUAUCUCCUGACUUACCUCUCGGGACACAGUGUGGCUCUCAUGGAACUGUGUUUAUACACAUUAGGAAACUUAGUAGUUGAGAUGAAAGCUGUGAAGAAACACCUUCUACCUCAGGGCAUCAUCUCAGUGUUGGCAUCCUGUAUCCAGUCUCCUCAUGUGAUGAUACAAGAAGGUGUUGGCUAUGUUCUGUCACAACUCUUGCAAUCCAAGGAAGCAGCAGCUGAAAUCAUACCGUUGCUCUUAGAAUCCACCCUCCCUCAACACAUGCUUCACUUGGUUUGUUCCAGGCUGGAAGAUGGAAUAGGAACUGCAGUAGAAUGUGCAUGGGGUCUUCACUACAUUAUUUGCAGCCAAGUGAACAAUUCAUUGCUGAUUUCCCAAAGGACCAUGCCAUCCCUAGUGCAACUGUUGCUGGAAUUGUCCUCUCAGAUAGCAACAACUUCUGUUGAGGGUCUAGAAUUGUUGAUAUGCCCUGUUGUGCGGUGUGUUGGCAAUCUUCUUGCGGAAGAUAAAGCAAACAAUGAUGAACUGCAAAUAAAGGAAGAGUGCCUUCUGAAGGCCUUGUUCGUCUUUAUGCAGUUUUUCCUGCCCAAACACACCUUUGUUGUAAGCGAAUGUUUGUGGCUCUUGAACAACCUCACUGUUCAGAGCACCACAUCUUGUUCUGCUCUGCUAAGCCUGGAAGUCUUUUCUGAUCUGUUGAAGCUGUUACGUUCUUAUCAGGUGAUCAGCUUGUUGGUUCUAACAGUGUUAUGCAAUAUUGCUGCCAAGGGUGCUGCCUACUGUGAAAUGCUGCACCAAAAAGCUGUGCUUCCUUCUCUUGUAAAUAUCCUUGUUUUUUCUGAUGUCCAAGUAGUAGGCCAAAAUCUGGAACUAUUGCAUCUCAUCUUCCUUUACUGGCCAAAGGCUGCCAUUGACUUUGUAAAUCAUUCUGGACUACAUGCCUUACAGCAGCAUCAAAAUAACCUACAUUUGCAAGAGCAAGUCAAAGUGCUAAUUCACACAGUUAGCCAGAUAACUGGUGUUCCUCAAAAUAAUCCCCUUGGAACUGAAAAUCUUCAUUUUACUUCCUUACAAACUUGAAUGACAUGAUUUACCAACAAAUUUGAAACAAAAUCUUUUGAAUAGCAGUAUACUACUAAGUCUCUCAGGUCUGUAUGGUUGUUUGUAACCUUCAACUAAGCAAAAUGUUGAUAAUAGAGCAACAAUUUUUGAAUCAGUUUACCACUUUUUUGGAGUAUAAGACGCACCAAGAUUUUGAAGAGGUAAAUAAAAAAAGGUUUUCGCGCUCUGCAGAC